AUCGAAAUGAAAUUAGAUGUUUGACACGUCGAACAACGUCAAAGAUUUAUAUGUAGUAGUAUGUGUGCUUUUACGGUCAAGUUAUCAUAAAUUUAAUAACUUUAUCAUUAUCGUUAAAAGCGGUAAGAUUGUUCGAUGAUAAAUUCUUAAAAUGCUCUUAAUAGGUUAUCAAAAAGUAUCACUUGUUACAAUGUCGUAGUAGAUAUUUAAAUUUUAAAUAUUGAUAGAGGUUAGAUUUGCAGCUGUCGUGCGAUGUGAAAUUUUUGAGGUCUAAUAAAUAAAAAGAAAACAAAAUUUAUUUCGAGAUGUCGAAAUUUAGGAUGCUUCCGCGUACAUCGCGGAUCGUAGCACUUUGUUCUGCUGCGAAUUUUAUAAAUGCAGCGGAUCGAGUUAUUAUGCCGAUAGCCAUAGUUCUUAUGACAGAUGAAUUUAAAUGGAAUCUCCAUUGGCAAGGAUGGAUAUUAUCCGCAUUUGCAUUUGGCUAUUUUACUAGUCAGAUUAUUGGUGCAAGUAUAGCAAGUCGUUUUGGCUGUAAAACAGUACUAAUGUUGGCCGUUUUAUUAUGGUCUAUAAGUACCGUUGUAACACCUCUUUUGGCACAAUCUGUUCCGUUACUUAUAAUCUGCAGAGUGAUUCUAGGCCUUGGCGAAGGAUUAGGCUUGCCAGUGAUAUUUCAUUUAUUUGCGCACAGUGUUCCAAUAGAAGAAAGAUCAAGAGCAUUUGGUUAUCUUGUGGCUGCUGGUUCUGUUGGUCAAGUUGUUGCAUCGGUUAUAUGUCCUAAUUUGUCCUGGCAAAGCGGAUUUUAUUUAUUUGGUAGUAUUGGAAUUAUUUGGACUUUGCUGUGGCUAGUAUUAUAUCAAGAAACCAAUUCUCAGGAUGAAAUUCCUCUCUUUGUACCAAAGGUAACACAAAAUAGAAGUUUACGUUGGACUGAAUUCAUUACGCAUUGGCCUUUAUGGGCUUUGUAUAUAGCACAUUUUGCAAUGAAUUGGAGUAAUUAUAUAAUUAUGCAAUGGUUACCCACUUACUUGGCGAGAAAUAUAUCUGCUAAUAAAGAAAGUAUUAGUUUAACAGCACUUCCAUACAUCGUCAAUUCUCUUGUUGGUAUUGUUGCAGGAUAUAGCGCUGAUAAUCUUAUACAAAAAAGAUGGUCCGUCUUGUCUGUAAGAAGACUGAUGACAAAUAUAGGAUUAAUAGGGCCAGGAGCAUUUUUAUUAGCAUUUUGUGCAGUUGAUAAUUUACUUGCCGCAGUAAUUUUUAUUUCUAUAUCAAUGGGACUUUGUGCAUGCAAUUCUUCUGGGCAUCUCAGUAAUCACGCAGACAUAGCACCAAAUCACGCAGGAAUUACUUUCGCUGUUUCAAAUACGAUCGCAACUAUUCCUGGUAUUUUGUGUGGUCCAUUAACGGCUGAAUUAGUAACGGCUUCUCAUGGUCGAUGGAUGCCAGUAUUUGUUUUAGCUGCAGCAAUUAAUUUCACAGGGGCUAUAAUAUACCAAAGUCAUAGCUCAGCACUUCCAGUAUUGUGAUAUGAUUCAUUGUCAAAGGACGAACUAUCAAUUGUUCCAGAAAAAGGAUAGCAUAUUUGUUUAUUUGAAAGUGUAUAUUUACAUCGAGACUGUGGUAUAUAGAUAAUACACAACAAUAUAGUUUUGGAAUCUUAGUAUAUAGAUCCAACAUGGUAUACACUUAUAUUACAUAGAAACCAUUGAAAAACAUAUCAAGAUAUCAGAAAUAUAUUUUAAGAGACUCGUAAUAGAAGAUAUACGUUCGAUGCAGUUUAGUGCAAAGUGAUGA